CCGUUUCUCUCCCUGCAGGGACUAAGGUAAGCUAACCGCGAGCGAAGGAAAAAGGAAAGCUCAUUACCGGGUGCGAUGCACUUUAGCCAACUACCAAAAAGUGCGUAAGUUAUUGUAUUGCUUUUAACCGUCAUUCACUAGAGAAGAGGAAACACAUCCGAGAGAAACAAGGACUACGAGUUAAAAACGGCGAAGUCCCCGGCAAUCAACAGGAGCUACUGAGCUGACCGCAUAAACAAAAAGGAGGAAGCAAAAUGACCUAGUUAGCGGCAAGCGUGACGGACAACCUGGUGCAAAUGUGUUGGUUGUAAUUUCCCCCGUUUCACCCACAAGGAAGACACAUGCAUCAGCGCACAUACACGUACGACACAUUUACAAACCCCGCCCUUCCCUUCCUGCCAUCUGCCCCAGUCCUCCAUGGAAUCCUUCAACUUCCACUUUGAGAGAAUGAGCAACCUGGACCUGCAUCCUCUGAGCCUGUCCGUCAGCCGGCUCUCCCCAGCCAAGUCCAACAGCAGCAUUGCCGACCAACUUUCCCACCACCAACACGGCAAAGGAGACUCUGCCUACAGCUCCUUCUCUGGUGGGUCCACUGCCCCAGACUACCCCUCUCCCUUUCUCCCAGACGACCUACAGUCCAGCCCCUUCAGCCACUAUGCCGAUCUUAAGUACGUGAAGUCUGUUUACCAUCCGACCCAGGUUGUGCAAUCUGACUCAAAGACCAUGGACCAGCUCUAUCGCUCUGUGGAAGCUAUCUCACAGCAGUUUCGCAACAAUACCAGCACCAAUGUAAACCAGCACAAUGGCAACGAGAGUUUCCGUACAAACAACAAAGCACUCUCUAAAAAAGUGGUGCAUUUGGGGCCACUAUCCCAAGGUGCUUACCCUUCUGUCCGUCCUCCUCCAAUCCCAGCACGCCUGGAUAGUUUCAUAGCAACAAAAAACUUGGAAAACAGCAGGGUUCACCAUCAGGGUACUGAGUUUCAACCACAGCAGCCACAGCCUCAACAGCAACCCAGAUCCCACAAUCGACUCCAUUCACAGCCCCAUGAUCUGAAUACCCCAAAACCUGAAAUGGCUAACCCAGAUACAGAAAAAUCAAGCUUCAAUUCUGACCCAGUGUACUCAGUUUGGAGGGGCUCUCAACUACAACAGCCACAGGCCCAGCAGCCGCCAAGCUACCGCCCCCACCUCCAACCCAACGAUCAGACAAAGGUGGCGAUAAACCCAGAAUACCUUUUCAUCACAGAUAAAAAGGCUGCCUCUGAGCAGCAGAAAUCAAUAAACAUCCUAAGUCGAUCACCUCCCCUAGGAACAAGUCAACCUGAGCACCUGAAACCCAGAGAGCCGUCGAGCAGUGGUGGAUACAAUGAAGACCAUCACAACAAGCCAAGUAGACAUUUUGAGAGUCAGCGCCAAAGGGCGCACUCAGCCCACGGUUGGCUUGGUUCAGAACCAAGCCGAGCUGCCAGCCCCUGGAAUGCUGGUCAGAGUUUUAUCAAUAGCAGCAUCCAGCAUAAGGGUCAGUUCUACUUUGUGACGGGAGUGUGUAAGCUGUCUGAAUCUGGUAUGAGGACAAACUCUGCAUCUGGGUCUGAGGCUAGGAGUGAGAGCUCCACUGGGUUGGAGACACACCAACUAAGAGAAAAAGAAAGAUGUCACAGCACAAUGGAUAAUUUGUUUAGACCUCUCCAAGAGAGCUCUCGAUCUUCCAGUGGUGUGAUUCCAGAUGAGAGAGAGACUUUCACUUCCCAGAGCAAGGACCUGUCCUCCAGAAGCCAGGAUCAGGAGAAUCACAGACUAUCCCUCAUCUCGACGCAGUCCUCUCUAAACUUUGACAGUUUAGAAGAAAUCAACAUGAUGCAGAGUCGAGAUAUUGGUCGCCACACUGCCAACAACCCUAUAUUCUACUGUGGACCCGACAGAAACUGCCCACCACAUUCAACUAAACAAACGACAGAGUUCACCUCACUGAUAAACAAUGAACAGCCCAACCAACACAAGAGAGAGGAGCAGGCAAAGAGAGGGAAACGGCAGCCUUUGGGCGAUGUAGCCAGCGAGAAGAUAAACAAAGAAACUACCCCGCUUCUUUACCACCUCACCGGAGCCAGCAGGGCAGCCUUACAGCCUAAAAAGGAUGCUGAUUUCAGUAUAAACAGCAAGGAAGCAAUUCCAGACAAAACAGGUCAUGGAGACGUGGUUACUAGCGACACGCAAAGACCCCCAAAAAGUGACACGAGCAAGAACGAUAGAGGGGAAGUUAUCUCUGUUGACUGUAACACCCUGGACGACUCAUUUAAAAAGUACUACAAAGAAAAGCUGAAGGAUGCCCAGUCGAAAGUCCUAAGGGAGACGUCCUUUAAAAGGAAAGACCUGCAACUGUCAUGGCCGCACCGUAUCAGGCAAAAACCGGAGCUGAGACCUACAGUGAUUCAUACCUUCACCCCAUCACAGGACUCUGAGACUUCCACGGAUACACUCACUCCCUCUGUGACCUCUGAGGAAACAGAGAAGGGGAGCAUAAAAGAAGACGUCAAGGAGAGUCAGGAGGAGAUGGACAAAGAGACGAAAAAGGAAAACGGGAAACCAGCGAAUGUGGCCAUGCCCCAGGUAGCACGUAUCGGAGGCAGGAAGCGAUUGACUCCAGAGCAAAAGAAGAUGUGCUACUCUGAACCAGAGAAACUCAACCAGCUUGGUAGUGCACCCAUCCACUCAGCAUGCCGCUCAUUUGGCAACGAAAAGGACAGCCCGUUUGCAGUUGAAUGCCAGGGAGAGGAACGUGUGCAGCAAGGAGAGCAGGGACUGGUUGCAGCACGGCGGAAGAUGUUUGAGACAAGAGGUAGAGCACUUUCAGCCUCUAGUGCUUCAAAGACAAACUUAAAACAUCUGCAACAGAAGGCCCUGGUGGAGUACAUGGAGCGUAAGACGGGCCAAAAAGUGGCUGAACCACAGCAACCAACGCCUCAGACACCAUCUCCAUCCAGACAGAGGCAUUCUCUGGGGGAGAAACCCUUUGACUGGGGUCCCAGGCCUCUAUCAGGAAAUCAUGAAGGCAGAAACACCAAGAAGAAACUCCACAGACCCCACUCUGCAGGCCGCAUCCUUGACUCAUCCGCCAGCUCAAUCAGGUACGCCCAGUUCUUCUCAGCUCAGUCUUGUUCGGGCCAAUAUGCCAGCCAGUCAAAUCAACCCAAAUGGAGGGAGAGUCAAGGUCCAUUUCACGGGAAGUCUGCCUCAGUGGAGAAUCUCUUGGACCAGCCAGAACCACCUAGUUUCCUCAGGAACAGAUCCACAUCCACACCACAUGCGUUUCAGGCACUUGACUAUGAAGAGGAUCCAUUACCAGUUACUAUGGAAACCUGGAGUGCCCAGACGGAUGCCACUGAGAACUCCUUAAUUAAGCCGCCCCCUGAGGGCCAUCAGCGAGUCCGUGUGGUCGCGCAGAGGGGGAAGUCCAUGGAAGAGCUCGGGGCAUCAAAGUUAACAAGACCAUCAGCCUUUAGUAAAAGUUCUGAGCAGCUAGAUCAACUGUGGAGGGAUUCGACUGGACCAGGAGGACCAGACGGAGACAAGAUGAGUGUUUCAUUCUUUGCCGAAGUCAGAGAAGCCCAGGGGCAGGACGGUGGGAAGAAGAAACAAAAUCUAACAGAGCAAGCUGGAAAAGAGCCAGAGAUUGUUGGUCAGAAGAACACUCAGGGACAGACACAAAACCAAAUCCAGAAAAAGUCUUCGUUGAAGCAGAACUCCGAACCUGUGGAAGAUGCCACAGUAGGAACAAGGAACUCAAGUCGAUCCACCUCGCCGGCAGCCUCCUGUUCCUCUGCCCGGGCCAGGGUUCACUCUGGUUCGCAAGGUCCGGUCAAAGAUGAGAUCAGGUCCAGUAGACUGUCCAGUGAGACUUCAUCUGACCUACCUUCCCCCAGAUGUCCAGUCACCAGUGAGAGGGGGAUCAAAUCCCCCUCGUGCAACCCCACCCAGACAAAGCUUCUUUGUGAAAACAGGCCGAGCUCCAGAGUCAGGACUUCUCCACCUUUGACUGGGUCCGAGAGAGAGCAGUCGGUGGAUGAACCAAGCACUGACGCCCCACAGCCUGAUUCCAACCACGAAGUGUCUCUGAGCUGCGGCGUCACCACAGAUCCAUCGCUGUGGAUUCUUCCUCCAGAGGAAGAGAUCAGAGACGAACACCAGACUUCACCGCUAACAGACAACGUUUUUGACGAUGAGUCCACCGUCUCGGCCCCUCCAACGCAGACAAGUGAAAGCUCUGUGUCUCCCCGCACCUCCGUCUCUGACACAGACAUCAGUCAGCAGGCGGAGGAGGAGGACAAUCCAGAAAUGGAAGAUGAGAAGUCAGGGGAAAUGCACGAGAUGGAGGAGAGGGGAACACCAGAGGGAGAGACGGAGAGCGCGGAGAGACCUAAAUGGAAGGAGCUGGUAGAAGCGUUGGUCAAGGCCGACCGAUCACUGGCCAGAGUCCUCUACCCGCUGACCAAUCGUAAGACAGCACUGAUGCUGAUGGAGCAGCUGCUGUCUGAAGACACGCUGCUGAUGGAGGAGCACUACAAGAAGAAACAGGAGCAGAAAGGAACUGCUGAAAGUGCCGAAACGGUCGAAGGGGCUGAACCUCCUUGUCCUUCCGUUCCUGACAGCCUGAAACCUCAGUGUACAGAUCUGCAGAGCAAAGCUGACAUCGCUGAGAAAAAGCGUCUGUUAGCGUCCUAUAUCGAGGAGCGUCUGCGUUCGCUGGAAGAGACGCGCUGUGCCCUGCAGGCAGAGGUUCAGCAGAACGUGGCCCACGGAGAGGCCCUACAGGUGCUGGUCCGUGAGCGCUGUUUGGCCGUGGAGCUGGAGAGGUACACCCUGUUCAUAGGAGACCUGGAGAGGGUGGUAAACCUGCUGCUGUGCCUCUCUGCUCGGCUGGCCAGGGUGCAGAAUGCCCUGAGCACCGUGGACCAACACACAGAUGCCGAGGAGAAGCAAUCUCUGGACAGUCGCCACCGUCUGCUGUGCAAACAGAGGGAGGACGCCAAAGAUCUGAAGGAUAACCUGGACCGGAGAGAGAACCUGGUCUCCACCUUUCUGUCACGUCAGCUGUCCGCCGAGCAGCUGCAGGACUACCGGCGCUUCAUCCAGACCAAGGCCUCGCUGCUCAUCCGACAGAAGGACCUGGAGGAGAAGCAGAGGCUGGGAGAGGAGCAGCUGGAGGGCCUGUCCAACAGCCUGCAUAUGUGAAGGGAGGAACACAAAAGCACAGAUUCCUCCUUUCUUUUCUUUUCUUGACUUGCCUUAAAGGAGGAUGGGCUUAUUUAAAAAGACUGUAAAAGACAUGUAGAGAGUUUCGGCUGUACUUUUCACUUGGAUUAUAAGUGAUCCAACUGAUGUCUUUAACCCAUUUCACCCUGUCAGGACUUUCUUUUUUUCUUUAAAAGAGUUUGACAGGGCUACUGGGGAACCCACCAUGCCUCUUGCUGCUCUCCUGUCAUAUUAUCUAGGCUGCACAUGAGAUGAGCAAUAAAGACUGAUGAGCUCCUUUCUGUCAUCUGUCGAGGGUGCCCAGAACACUCACCCAAUCUCCACCCAGUGUCAGUCUGCACAAUCUGCAAAGUGUGCCCUGGAGGCUUUUCCCUAAUGUGUCGCACAUGUUUCCGUUGACUUUAACCAGAUAACUGAGCAGUUUUUAUGUGUGCCUUGAUGUUAAUGUUGCUGUGGAACGUCUUCCAUUAGAGCCGCUGUGUAGAAACUUUGCGUCCCUUGUUAGCAAUUCAGCAACUGUCCUUCCCUUUUUCAAUACAUUGGUAGUGCUACAGCCCUGUAUCUGCACCUGUGGAAAUCUAUUAUAAGCUUUAAGAUUGUAUUUUGACCUGUGAGAGGGGUUCAGUGAAAGAGCAAAGCCUGAGAUGGGGGAGGUUUACUGGGUCAUGUCAGUAAAAUGUACAGCAGACAUUUUUUUUGUGUGUGUUUAAAAUUAAGGCACUAAAAACCAAAAAGGGUGAAUGAAAAAAGCACUUUUUAAUGAUACAUAAAUGCACAUUUCUUCAAAUCAGAUUGAAGUAAAAAGUGAAAGCCUUACUCCAUCCAUUUAAAUAAUAUUUCUAUUCUUUUGUCUUCAAUUUUAAAUAGGAAUGUUGAAAUAUUUUUUCUUUAAAAGAAGGACUUGAGCAGACCCAGCAUCAUUCAGGAUUGUGCACAAAUACCUUUCCAGCUAAUUUCAUACGUAAUGUUAAGUCUUGAUGAUUUCAUGCUGGAAUGCUUCCUUAUAAGGAGGUGCUAAAUCUCUUUAAAGCAGAUUAUAACAUCAGCAACAAUUAUAUCACAGAGUUUUUUCUCCCAAUGUCCCUUUGUGGCAAACGUGGCAUGUGAUACUUGAAAUACUUUUGUAUUAAAGAGGAAAGUCCACAAUCUUCACUUCAGGUGUCUUAAACUCAUUUUCUAUUUUCUACCUCCACUGUGUAGGCCCUUUUAGACAAACUGUAUCUGUACCUUUAAGUUUGUUUAAAGUUACACAGUAGUUAAAAAAGCUCUUGUUAGCCCUGGAUUAAAAUACACUCUUGAAUCAAACGACUUUUCCCCUAAUUUAAAAGAAAAUCUCACAUUUUAAAAACUGCACGUGUUUGAAAUUAAUAUUUGUCAUUAGUGGUUGUAAUUGUAUUAAUUUCUUUUUACUCAAUCUUCAACCAGAUGCAUCAGAGAGGUGUGUGUGUGUGUGUGUGUGUGUGUGUGUGUGUGUGUGUGUGUGUGUGUGUGUGUGUGUGUGUGUGUGUGUGUGUGUGUGUGUGUGUGUGUGUGUGUGUGUGUGUGUGUGUGUGUGUGUGUUUUUGAAAUAAUGAAUGUAAAUGAUUGUUUUCAUGUGUGUAGAGAAUGUGUAGAGAAUAGUUCUUGAACAGAAAGUCAAACUCCUUUCAGAGUUUGCUGUUUAAGUUUUCAACAAAACUCUUAUGAAGUCAAAAAGUGAUCAAAAUGUAAUAGUCCUUCAGGAAAUAAUACCUGUUGGUCGUAAUAAAAAAAAUAAAAA